AUGGCAUUCUACCGAAGCUCCGUUUUACUCCGCAAGGCCCUUAGCAGCUAUUGCAGCCGAAGAGCAGCUGUUUUUCCCUCCUACGGUUCACUUCCCUGCGACUGCGAUUCUUCCGAUCAUGACUGGAGGAGGAGAUCGUAUUCGAGUUCAGAAUCUGACAGUAAAGAUACAACCAUAUCAGCGGCGGGAUACCAUCUGAGUAACGGGCCAUCUUACAUGCGGGGUGCAGUGUUCUGGGAGCCAAAUAAGCCUCUUACUUUCGAAGACUUCCACAUGCCCCGCCCUAAGGCCAACGAAGUUCUCAUCAAAACUAAGGCUGACCAUUUUCUUCUAUCAUUGUCCUCAAUUUCGUUGGAAUUACAGCAGAUUCGUUGUGAAGAGAAAAUGGAUCUUUUCAAGAGAGCCAAGACAAUCCGACUGCGCAGCUGCAAGGACAAAUACCUAAUAGCCGAAGAUGAUCAAGAAUCCAUCUGUCAACAUCGUGAUGGAGCAACAAAUAACGCACUCUGGACCGUUGAAUUCGUUCAAGGAAGAGACCUUUUGCGUAUCAAAAGUUGUUAUGGAAGAUACCUCACAGCCACAAACAUCCCAUUUCUUACAGGGGUUAGAGGAAAAAAGGUACUCCAAACCCUGCCAAGCAAAUUUGAUCCAGCGACUGAAUGGGAGCCUUUGAGGGAUGGAAUGCAAGUCCGGCUGUGA